AUGUCUGACAGGUUCAAGGGGAGCAAUUCAGCAAGGGUUGUUAAAAAUGGUGGUUUUAUUGGUGGUAAUUCGACUGCCAACNCCUUUGCAGUAACGGCAAACCAAAUUAUGCAGGCCUCGAGAAUAGAUGAGAUGGAUGACAUGAUGGGAUUUGAGAGGUAUACUGCACCACAGUACAGUGGGCGGAGGGAUGCUAACAAGUUGGGUCAGAUUCCUGGUCGUGUGGGGUGGCUUUCAAACAUGCAUCCGACGAUUAUCUCACCUGUAUCAAUACCGGGAGCUAGUGGAAACGACGCUACGGGUAUCGCUGGUGUAGACUUCUAUUUCUUGGAUGAGGAAGGUGGAAGUUUCAAGUCUACCAUCACAUACGACCCAUAUUUCUUCAUAAAGUGCUCUGAUCCUUCUCGAGUUGCUGAAGUGGAAGAAUAUAUCAAAAAAUACUUGGAAACUUGUCUUAAGAGUGUUACUAUUGUGGAAAAAGAUGAUUUAUCUUUGGACAACCAUUUACUAGGUUUGAAGAGAACUCUCAUAAAGUUGACAUUCAUCAAUUCGAAUAAAUUAUUCGAAGCAAGGAAGCUUCUGCGUCCAAUCUUGGCACAUAAUGAGAACAACAAUACGCAAAAAAAUCUUUACUCGGGACAGAUGAUGGGAAAUCCAAAAACUGACGUUAAAAGCCUGAUAGAGGACAUUAGAGAAUACGAUGUGCCAUAUCAUGUGCGAGUAUCUAUUGACAAGGGAAUACGAGUGGGUAAAUGGUAUAAAGUCACAUCCGGUGGGUUUUUUGAGUUGAAGGAGAAAGUUGCAUUUGCUGAACCAGUGGUGUUAGCCUUUGAUAUCGAAACCACGAAGGCUCCUCUAAAGUUUCCCGAUUCUGCCAUCGAUCAAGUUAUGAUGAUUUCGUAUAUGAUCGACGGAGAAGGUUUUCUUAUAACAAAUAGAGAGAUUAUUUCGGAAGACAUCGAGGAUUUUGAAUAUUCGCCAAAGCCAGAAUACUUGGGACAAUUCACGAUCUUUAACGAAGUUGAUGAAUUAGCAUUAUUACAAAGAUUUUUUGAGCAUAUUAGGGACGUUAGACCCACAGUCAUUUCCACAUUUAAUGGUGAUUUUUUCGAUUGGCCAUUUAUUGAAAAUCGAUCAAAAAUUCAUGGCUUGGACAUGUUUGAAGAGAUUGGUUUCGCACCUGAUUCCGAUGGGGAGUAUAAAUCCUCCUACUGCUCUCAUAUGGACUGUUUUCGUUGGGUGAAAAGAGAUUCUUAUCUUCCUCAAGGUUCUCAAGGUUUAAAAGCAGUAACACAGGCAAAAUUAGGUUAUAAUCCAAUCGAACUGGAUCCAGAGCUCAUGACACCCUACGCAUUUGAGAAACCACAACAGCUUUCGGAAUACUCUGUUUCUGAUGCAGUGGCAACUUACUACCUUUACAUGAAAUACGUUCAUCCAUUCAUUUUUUCUUUAUGCACAAUCAUCCCAUUAAACCCCGAUGAAACCCUCAGAAAAGGUACUGGUACCUUAUGUGAAAUGCUUUUGAUGGUUCAGGCUUACGACGGUAACAUUAUGCUGCCGAACAAAUACACGGAUCCAAUUGAAAGAUUUUAUGACGGCCAUUUACUCGAAUCAGAGACUUACGUCGGAGGACAUGUGGAAUCUCUUGAAGCGGGCGUGUUUAGGAGUGACAUUCCAAGUGAUUUCAAAGUUGAUCCCACUGUCAUAGAUGAGCUACUGGACGAUCUGCCGCAUGCUCUCAAGUUUUGUGUUGAAGUCGAAAACAAUUCCAAGAUAGAGGAUGUCACCAACUUUCAAGAUAUUAUGGAUGAGAUUACUGUAAAACUCAAGGAUUUGAAAGUAAAAAACGAAAGAAGCGAGUUGCCUUUGAUUUAUCAUGUCGAUGUGGCAUCAAUGUACCCUAAUAUAAUGACAACCAACAGAUUACAACCGGAUAGUAUGAAGAGUGAAAGAGACUGUGCAAGUUGCGAUUUUAAUAGGCCAGGUAAAACAUGUGACAGACGAUUGAAAUGGUCAUGGAGAGGAGAAUUCUUUCCAGCAAAAAUGGAUGAAUAUAAUAUGGUCAAGAGGGCACUACAAAACGAAACAUUUCCCAAUAAAAACAGAUUCUCGAAGAAAAAAUUCCUGACAUUUGAUGAACUAUCCUAUGCGGAGCAGGUAACUCACAUUAAAAAACGUCUGACAGAUUAUAGCAGAAAGGUAUACCACAGAGUCAAGGUGUCCGAAGUCGUGGAGAGAGAAUCGAUUGUGUGCCAGAGAGAAAAUCCUUUCUACGCAGAUACCGUGCGAUCCUUCAGAGAUAGAAGAUACGAGUUCAAAGGCCUAGCCAAAACCUGGAAGGGUAAAUUAGCGGCUAUUCCGUCUUCUGACAAGCAUGCUAAAGAUGAGGCAAAGAAGAUGAUUGUUCUUUACGAUUCUUUGCAACUAGCUCACAAAGUCAUUUUGAACUCUUUUUAUGGAUACGUUAUGCGUAAAGGUUCUCGGUGGUAUUCAAUGGAAAUGGCCGGAAUAACUUGUCUAACAGGUGCCACAAUCAUUCAAAUGGCCAGGGCUUUAGUAGAAAGAAUAGGGAGGCCGUUGGAGUUGGAUACCGAUGGUAUUUGGUGUAUUGUUCCAAAGUCAUUUCCCGAGAACUAUUCCUUCCAAAUGAACAAUGGCAAACGUUUGUUCUUAUCUUAUCCUUGUUCGAUGCUUAACUAUAAGGUCCAUCAGAAAUUCACAAAUACCCAGUACCAGGAACUAAGUGAUCCUGUGAGGCACAAAUAUAAGACCCAUGAUGAAAACUCUAUUUUUUUUGAAGUUGAUGGCCCUUACAGGGCGAUGAUUCUACCUACUUCGAAGGAGGAAGGUAAAGGUAUCAAAAAGAGAUAUGCUGUGUUUAAUGAGGAUGGCUCUCUUGCCGAAUUGAAAGGUUUUGAAUUGAAAAGAAGAGGUGAGUUACAGCUAAUCAAAAAUUUUCAGAGUGACCUUUUCAAGGUAUUUCUGGAAGGUGACGAUCUACAAAGCUGUUAUGGAGCGGUUGCUGCUGUUGCUAAUAGAUGGUUCGAUAUUUUGGACACAAAGGGGGCCAUGCUUGAAGAUGAGGAUCUGAUAGAGUUGAUUUGUGAGAACAGAAGCAUGUCAAAGACCUUGAAGGAAUAUGAGGGCCAAAAAUCAACCUCCAUAACAACAGCCAAGAGGCUAGGUGAAUUUUUAGGUGAGGAAAUGGUGAAAGAUAAAGGUUUGCAAUGUAAAUAUAUUAUCAGUAGCCUGCCGCCAAAUGCUCCUGUUACUGAACGUGCCAUUCCAGUCGCUAUCUUUUCAGCAGAAAUAUCUGUAAAGAGAUCUUUCCUACGGAGGUGGACAUUGGAUACGUCGCUGGAGGACUUUGAUCCUCGCGCUAUCAUCGACUGGGAUUAUUAUAAAGAGAGAGUGGCUUCGGUCAUCCAAAAGAUUAUCACUAUCCCCGCAGCUCUACAAAACAUUCCCAAUCCAGUCCCAAGAGUUGAGCAUCCAGUAUGGCUAAAGAAAAGAUUGGCAACCAAGGAAGACAAGUUCAAACAAGAUUCAUUGAGUAAGUUCUUAGUCAAAGCUUCGCAGGCGCCGGCGUCUGGUCAAAUUAAAGAUAUUGAGGAUCUCUUCAAAAACAAUGCAGAUAUUACGAAGGAGACCUCUAAAAUAGCCAAAGUAUCUUCUCGUAAGGAUCGAAACAAGAGGAAGCGGCAGCAACCUCCAGAAGUGGAAUCUUUAGUGUUGCCAUCUGUUAUGCCGUCUAUGGAUGAUGAUUAUGUGGCGUGGCUUGAAUACCAAAAGAUCAAAUGGAAGAUUCAGUCGAGGGAUAGGAUACGUAGAGCUCAAUUAUUCGGAAGUACAGGAAACUCGGCCGACAGAAGUGCGCUGGGCGGCCUGAUGAGAAAACAAGCAGAAACUUAUGCCAAUUCCACCUGGGAAGUAUUACAAUAUAGAAUUUCAGCGCAACCUGGAACACUAGAUGUUUUCGUCUCCAUUCAAGGUCAAAUACAAGUUCUCAAAUUCAAGGUUCCUAAAACAGUUUACGUCAACUUCAGAUCAAUACCCCACGUCUCUACACCGGAGCAUCUCGUCAUGGAACCAUCCAAUGCGACGCUGCCAAAUAACUCUAGAAUGAGCGACCCAACAUCCAAAAACCUUUAUAAAUGUACGAUGCCAGAAAGCAUUUACAUUGACGAGAUGCAGAAUGACUCAGGUAUUUUCAAUUACAUGAAUGUUUCUGGAAUUUUUGAAAGUACUGUCACUGCUAGUGAAAGAGCAAUUAUUGAGCUCGGUUCAUCCGUUGUGUUUAGGUCGAACACCUUGGGUGCUCUGGGUAAAGGUUUACAGAAUGGAUAUGAGUUUAGAAAUUUGGCUAUGGCAGAUACUCAGAGAUAUCUCAAUAGGUUCUCUUUGGCCGUCAGCUACCUUUUGCACUUGAAGUCGAAUAUUGGCUACGAAUUUUUCUGUCUCGUUAAGUCUUGGAGUAAGGCUGCUAUGAUUUACUAUUAUAAGCCUUCCUCUAAUGCAAAGGAAAUAGCCCCAGCCAUGCUAAAACAGAUCUACAAGGAGGCUUUUGAGCAAAAGAAGGAAUUCCACUCUAAGUUCUCUCGAUUUUUCCCUCUAAACGAAGAUAUGGACUUUGAGCUACAAGCCUUUGCUGACCGCUCGAAACUGUAUCGAAAGCUCUCGCUUCAAAUCAAUAAGUUAAAGGAGGAGAAGGGUUUGCAAUUUUUACUUCUACUACAAUCACCAUUUCCCACGAAUUUGACCAAAAGAAUCAAGGUAUUGGGACAAGUCCCAGUGGUAGAAAUCACCAUGAAUGAGUUAGAUUUACCUCAACUGCAGUGGGAAGUGGUACUGAGUAAAAAAAUGAUAAGCCACUUCCUUUCUUGUGGUUCCUGGCUGUCUCACUUGGUUACUAUCUCCCAGUCGAGUAGCAUCCCGAUUUGUAACCUCAAGCUUGACAAUGCGGGGUUCGUCAUAGAUGUACUUUACUCACGUCAGCUCAAGAAUGAUGGCUACGUGCUGUGGUGGAAUGACAAUAGCCCUCUUCCAGACCAUGGAGGAGCACAAAGGGAUUUUGAUCUGAACACUUCGUGGCUAAUGAACGAUCUAGCCUUUCCAGAGGUGAAUAAUCCUGCCGUGUAUGAUCAAGUUGUAUUAGAAAUCGGAGUGGGCAACUUGACGAUCAACGCUGUCCUUGGAUCAGCUCUCAUCAAUGAAGCCGAAGGAGGUGAUCCCAUGGGAAUGGACGUCUCCAACAGCUUGAAUAGCGGUGACCAUAAUUCCGGUGAUAACUUGGUCAACGAUGCAUUUUCAGGAGGAUCGCUGUUGGUCUUGCGUAAUCUCCUAAAAGAGUGGUGGGACAGCGCUCUGGCGAACAACUCAACUUCAGAUCUACUUAUUAACUCGUUUGUUAACUGGAUUCAAAACCCAGACUCCAAACUGUUUGAUCCCUCUUUAAGAUAUCACGUUCGCAAUCUGACUAAAAAAUCCUUACUUCAACUGAUGAACGAGUUUCAUAAUCUAGGUUCAAGUGUCACUUACGCUGAUAGAAACAAAAUUCUUGUAAAAACGAACAAAUAUUCUCCCGAGACUUGUUACGCAUAUGGUCAAUACAUCAUCAAGGCUGUACGGAAGAACCUUGUUUUCACCUACCUCGAUCUUAGAAUCGAAAAGUACUGGGAUCUACUAAUUUGGAUGGAUAAGCACAAUUUUGGGGGCCUAGCUUGUACGGAUAUUCAAGAAAAAGAAGUUCAGGAUGUAAGAGCUUUCUCAAAAUGGCAUAUUAAAGAAUUUCUCCCUCUUAUUUACAAGCCAGAGUUUGAUGACUGGAUGAUGAUUUUUCUCGACAGCAUGGUCAAGACGAAAAGGAACUACCUACAGUCCACCGAAGGUACGCAAAGACUUACACAGAUCUUGCCAAUAAAAACGAACAAAGAUGGGUUCAGCGACGAUGACGAUCAAGGACCACUGACGGACUUUACUCGUAUGUUUUCCGCCCCAUUGAUCAACAGAAUCGAAAAGCUCUAUCAAAAUGAGAAGAAAUUCAUUCUCGAUCCGAAAUAUGCCGCUGAGUACACAUUUCCGAUCUUACCGGGCUCUCACCUCUCGAUGAAGGCUCCAUUGUUAGAGCUCGUGAAAUACCUAUGUCAAGUGAUGCUUCUUUCUAAGAGUAAUUUAUUAGAGGUUCGUGAGCUUCGUAAGGAGUUGUUGAAAGUCUUCGAGGUUCGCGAGUUUGAUACGAGAGCAGAAUUUAUUAAUCCAAGCACGAGCUUAGUAGUGAAUGGCUUUUUAUGCGAGUUUUGCUUCUUUACCACUGACAUUGAUUUCUGCAAAGACGAUCCCACCACCAUCUUUGCUUGUCCAAGCUGCCAUAAAAAGUUCAAUCGUGUGCUCUUACAGGAGCAUAUGAUACAGAAACUAUAUGCGGAUGUAGAAUCAUAUCUGACUCAGGAUUUGCAGUGUUCAAGGUGCAGGAGAAUGAAGCAAGAUAAUAUGAGCACUUACUGUAGUUGUUCUGGUUCCUGGGUAGGCUCAGUUUCGAAAAAUUCUUUGAUAGAAAAGGCUCUUGUGUACCGGCAGGUUACUGAGUACUACGACUUCGAUUUGCUGAGAUGUGCAUUGGAAGAUAUUUGUGUGUAG